UCCCCUCUAUAGGCUGAGAAAUGGACGGCUUUCAUGUGACCAUUCGAACCUCAGCAUCUCCGCUCUCAGGAACGUAUGGCAGGGUUUGGAUCUCUUUGAUUGGUACUCUGAGUGAGAGCCCUCCAGUCAGAGUGGAACACUGUCUCUUGCCAGGCUCAGCCUACACAGUUGUCAUCAAGUCUAAAGAGGAAGUUGGCAUAGUGGUUUUGUUGAAACUCCGUCUUGAGGCUCAGCCUGGCUUUCCGGACCUGGAUUGGCACUGUGGGGAUGUGCAGGUGAGACGGAGUUCUGAGGAUCCUGAGGUGGAGGUUUUUCCUUGUCAUAAAUGGAUCCGGACAGCGGAUGGUAACGUUGAGCUUCGGAAUGCGAAAGUGUGUCUGAAAAAUAAGGAAACAUUAGCAAUCCUAACCAAUCACAGGGAGAGGGAUCUCCAACAAAAACAACAGUUUAUCAAAUGGGGCAAAUUUGUUGAAGGCGGUCCUCACUGUGUAGACACGUCCAGUGUUACAUCUCUAGGACCAAACUUUAGUUACAUGCGUCAGCGCCCAGUUUACAAUGUGCACUACAUAAAGGGUUUCAUGGAAAGAAGAACAUCUUGGAGCCUACAGGAACUUGAGACAUUCUUCCUUUUCAGUGGAAGGGAGAACACAAUUGCCAAAUAUGUUCAGGCUCAUUGGCAAGAGGAUGCAUUCUUCGGAUAUCAGUGCCUCAAUGGUUGCAAUCCCCUGUAUAUCAGACGGAUCCAUAACCUGCCUUCUAAACUGUCUGUCACUUCAGAGAUGGUCAGACCUUUUCUACCACGGGACUCAUCUUUGGAGAAGGAGAUGGAGAGAGGACAUGUGUAUCUUCUGGAUUAUGAAGUGCUGGAUCAGCUGCCUGCUAAUACUGUCAAUGACAAACAAACCUACUUGGCUGCUCCUUUAUGCCUGCUGCAUUACAACCGACAAGGAGAACUAAAGCCCAUAGCCAUACAACUUCAACAGGCUCCUGGUCCACAGAAUCCUGUUUUCUUGCCCUCUGAUUCUGCACCGGAUUGGUUGUUAGCAAAGAUGUGGGUCCGUAAUUCAGAUUUCCAGGUCCAUCAGCUACUUUCCCAUUUUUUGCGCACUCAUCUUAUAGGAGAGGUGUGCUGUACCGCCACACUCAGACAGCUGCCCGAGAUUCAUCCUCUUCACCAGCUCCUGAUGCCUCAUAUCCGGAGCACUCUUCAGAUCAACAUUCAGGCUAGAGUCACUCUUCUGGCCACAAAAGGUGUUUUUGACAAGUCAGUAGCCUGUGGUCUGGAGACGAUACCACUGCUGCUUGCUCGAGGAACGCAACGUCUCCGCUACAGCUCAAUGUGUGUGCCAGAUGACAUAAGAGUGCGUGGACUGGAUGCACUACCUAUAUGUUAUUAUGCAAAAGACGCACUGAGGGUCUGGGAUGCUCUACACAGGUUCGUUGCAGGCUGGAUUCGUUUGUAUUACUUUGACGAUAAGGACGUCCAGCAAGACUGUGAACUACAAAACUGGAUUAGAGAGAUCUUCACCGAGGGAUUCCUCGGCCUCAGUCACAUAGGAGUUCCACAGUCAUUUCAGACUGCAGCCGAAAUGUGCAAGUUUGUUACCAUGGUGAUCUUUUCCUGCUCAGCACUUCAUGCAGCUGUGAACUUCUCUCAGCUGGAUUAUAACAUUUGGAUACCGAACAGUCCAGCAGCCAUGUCACGUCCACCUUCUCAGACUAAAGGCUCGGUGUCUGAGGAGGACAUUUUCUCCUUCCUUCCGGAAGUGAACUCCUCUUGCCACGUCCUUAGUGUCCUGUCUCUAUUGUCACAGCCUGCCAUUGACUAUGUGCCCUUGUGCCAUUAUAAUGAGUGGUACUUCAGCAGUGGUGCAACCGUCAAGCUUGUGGAGGAGGUCCAGAGAGAGCUGAAAAUGAUAGCAAAAGAUAUCACAGACAGGAACAGCCAGCUGGAGUUGCCCUAUCCUUACCUGUCUCCAGAUCACAUUGAGAAUAGUGUGACUAUUUGAGUUCACUGUCAAAUUGGAUCAUGAGUUGUAACUUUAUGCCAAAAGAAGGUUUUAAAUGUUUUUUAUUUCGUUUUUUUUUUUCACUAAUUAACCUAAAAGAGAGCUCCUUAAAAACCUGACAAUAGCAUAAAGUCCAGGGCCCAUAUUCAUAAAGAAUCUUAAUGCAAAAAGUAGCUCCUAGUGACAAAAUUCUAAGAAAAUUCUUAGAAAUGUGGGCGUUUACUCUUAAAAUUAAAGAAAAAAUCCUAGUAAAGAAAAAAGUAAUUCAGAAAGCAUCUUAACCCUUAAAAGAGGUCUUAAGGUCAAACUUGUUAGGAGCACAGACGAGGACUUUUAAGGGGCUUAAGAGUUUCUUUAGCAGAGGAGAAAAUGGCAGAAAGACGAAGAUGCAGAAGAAAUGUGUUGCAGACAAUGGAUGACUGUGAGUUAAUAAGACACUAUAGAUUAGAUCGUGCAGGGAUCAUGUUUGUGAAUGAUCUUAUUAGAGACGUGCUAACAUCUCCGACAGAGCGCAGAAAUUUCAUAGCGCCAGAAAUUAAAGUAAUCCCUACAUUAUGAUAUUUGGCAAUUGGGAAAAUGUAACAAUGCAAUAGUGAUGAUUUGGGUCUGUCACAACUUUCUGUAAGCAGAGUGAUCACACAAACAAUUACAGCACUUUCAGAACAUCUUAUUGUGUCGCAGUUCAUUUCGUUUCCACUGGACAUUCCCACCUUGCAGGCUCAAAAAACUGCAUUUAUGAAUAUAGCAGGCUUAUAGGUGCACACAAGAAGGGGGAAUGAACCGUUAAUAGUUUGUGCUAUACGCUCCCAUGUCUGCUUCUUGUCCCUUGCUGUGACACCCGGCCCGAAAUUUCCUUUAAGAAUGGCCUUGUGUUCAUCCACUAACUGGGCUAAUAGUAAACACUGUUCCUCUGUCCAGUUUGGCUUGCUCGCCCUUCUUGGUUUUGAUUCCAUGUUUGAUACAUUAAAACCAACAUUCAAACCACCACUUAAAUAGAACAGCAAUCACUGUAAUUGGAAAGAGUGGAACAAUUCUUAUCAUUCUAAGCCAAUCAAAUACCUUAUAGGAAAUUAAAAGCAUGGUAAAUAAAAAAAAGGAUUUAGAUACACACAUAUAAUGUGUGCUUGUGUGUGUGUGUGUGUGUGUGUGUGUGUGUGUGUGUGUGUGUGUGUGUGUGUGAGAGAGAGAGAGAGAGAGAACGGUCAAAUAGGAAAAAUUACACAUGUAAAUUCAAAGUGAGAAUUAGAAUACACACUAUACUUAAAAUCACUCUUUUUUUUAACUUCUUGGAAAACCAACCAAUCACAGUCUUCAAAAGAUUGUGUCAUACAUAGCAACAGGGUCAACCCCGCCUCCUCACUAAGAUGAAAGUUUUUGUCUUUUCCUUACUCAGAGUUGCUCUCAGAUCGGUCCCGAUUCGCUCUUAAGCUAAGACUCCUACGUAAAUUUUUUUAAGCUAAAUUAAGAGUUUUCUGAGAGGAUUCUUAGAAUCUUUAUGAAUACGGGCCCAGGGAUUUAAAAAAAAUGUUUUAGAAAAAAAAUAUCUAAUUUAAAGUUUAUUAAUAAAUAUUAUAUAAAUACCUUUUUUUCCAUGAUUUGACAAAAUUACAAUGUUAUUGGAAAUAAUGCACAAUAAAAAUAGUCUGUUCACAAGUGCGAUUUA